AUUUCGCAUUCAUCGCGUUGAAAGGUUCUCUCCACCUUCUUGUUUUCCGUCCUCGAAAACGCUUUGAGCGGAAACAUGUCGAAGGGGGCUGUCAAACGAGACAGCGUCCGACGCAGUGUGUCACCCUUUGUCUCUUUUUGCAAGUCCUUUCGCACAAGUUCAAGUUUCCUUCUUUCUUCCGCUUCUCCUUGCCUCCCCUUCACCUGCUUUUCUGUCUGUCUCACACUUUCGAGGCAGGCGCUCGCCUUUUCAUCUGGACCGCUCUCUCUGUCAGUUUCCAGAGGAGCUCACGUUUCUUUUUCGCAGUGAACGCGCAGAGAUGAUUUUUCAGUGAAUCGGCACCCUUGACAGAAUGCUCAACUCGGGAACCGCACCGCUAGGCAGAAGGGCCAGGAGGGUGGCUGCAGAGUCUCUGCUCCACUCGCCUCACCUCCCGCUCAUCUCUCGCCAGUCCAAACGUCGCAACGCGCGCCCUCGUUGUUGCUCUUCUUCCCUACUUGCUUCCUUCUCGCUUUCCUCGGUCUCCUCUCCCGUCGCGUCUCCUCCUUCAGCUGUCGCCCCCGUGUCUCUCUCCUCUGGACCUCUCUCGGGCUCCGUCUCGCGCUUCUCGUCUUCUUCCAUGUCUCCGUUCUCAGAAGCGUCUUUCUCUGUUCCUCACUCGCGCUCUUUCGUUUUUGUCCCUGCCCGCCCCUCGACCUUCUCUCGAACAAACGGUCCAGUCUCCCCUUCCGCUGUCCUCUCUUCAAGUUUCGUCUGCUCGAGUUCCCUGUCCUCACCCUUCUCUCUCGCCUCCUCUGCGGCCUCUGCUCUCGCCAGUCCGCUGGGCUCGCGCAACUUCUCCUCCUCUCACCUCUCGCGGAAGCUGCGCCUGCACCAGGAGCGCGCCUCUCGAGGUCACAUCGAGUAUCUGCGCCAGCUCGAGCGGCCGCCGACGCCCUCGCCGUUCCCGCUGCCUCCGUCGCCUUCUCCAAGCUCGCCUGCGUCCGCCGCAGCCGCGAAAGCCGCGGCCUUCGCCGAGCAGGCAGCUGCACAGACACCCGAGCCGAGUGUGCUAGUGCGGUCUGCAGAGGAAUGGAUCAAGCGGGACUUCUUCUUUCCGCUUUCACACCAGCCUGACACGGCGACGGCCGGAGAGGCUGCGCGGGCGCUAGAGCGAGAACUCGGUCUCUCUCGAGGCGACGAGGCGGCGGACGCUGCGCCUCUCCUUCUUUCGGCCGAAGGACCGCAGUACGGGGGCCUCUUGCAGCAAAUCGAGCUCCCUGGAUUCGGAGAAAUCAACGUCGUCCACGGAGACCUUCUCUCCGGCUCCGACCGCGAAGCGCUACAGCGCAGGGCAGAAGAGGAAAGCGCAGGCAGGCCGGGGCAAGAGAAACAGGAAGGAAACGUUCUCGCCGCAGACGCCAUGCUCGUCCCUGUUCCGCCGAAUUUCCUUCCCUACAGAGGCUUCGGCCUUGAGGUCCUUGAACGCGGAGGUCCUGCCCUCCAGAAGGCGGCAUUCGUCGAAGUCAAACGCAAACUUCAACAGAGGGAAGUGGCGCGGGACCUGUUGUCUGGUCAGGCAGGAAGAGAAGAAGGCGCGCAAAGAGAAGGCAGUGGCUUGGGCUUCCUUUCUAGACGCGUAGCGCAUGAAUCGGCUUCUGAAGGCGGACUCGACCCAGGAGACCUGCUGCUCACCCCAACCUUCGGAGUCUGUCCUCGCGUCAGCCUGCUCGCGUUCCUCGUCACUCCCUACUACUGGCAGGGAAACAGCACUGAGGCCGCACGGCGCCUGCGCUUCACAAUGAGGCGCGCCCUCGAUGAUUUGAAUCGACAAGGUCCAGGGUCUCUACUUCUCCCCUUUGUCGGCAUUGGACUCUACGGCUACGAACCGAGAGGCGCCGCCGAAAUUCUCGUCGAGUCUGCAGUCGAACAACUCCUUCAGGUCGACGCGGUGGAUCCGAACUACACGCUGAGAAAAAUCACUUUCGUUGAUCGCGAUGCGACGAAUGCAGCGUUGCUGGCUGAAGCAGCGCAGGCAGCCAAGCGCGCAUGGCUUCCAGAGCACCAGGUUGUGCCGGCUCCUGUGUAUUGGAGCCAGAAGCAGAGGCGUCUGUUGGACGUCACCGACGGAAUGUUGAUGUUCUGCCGCAAACACACGCGCCUUUCCUUUAAAAAGCACCACGGCGUCAUUCGGCGACAGAAGACCCACUAUUUCUCCAAUGUUCGGCCGUUCCUCUGGCGUUCGUCUCGUGUCCUCGAGCCCCCGCCUCUUCUGCUGUACAGACACUCUGGAAAGCCUGCGGACUGGCAGCUGCCUGCUCGGCCUUUCUAUCGGCAAGGUGUUUCGGGUUUGCUUUUCCCCCCCAGACUCAGGCGCGGCUUCCCGUCUAUGCGCGUGAACUCGAAGGGGCAGUUUGUGGGAGUGAACAAAAUGCCGUACAUCGCUGAAAAGGCACAGCCUCGCUUGUAG